AUGAAGAAGAGAAGCGAAGAAGAAGACGAAGUGAGAAGAUGGCGAAGGGGGGUCAAGUCAGCGGUACCAGCAACCCCGGUCAAGUCGAGUGGAACGCGCAACGAGGCUUCGGUGUGCUCCGGACGCUCGUUCUCGACCCCAGCGACUGAUUGGAUGGAGUCGAUCGACGAGCGUUCGGCGAGCUGCGACACGGCGAUUGAUUCCACGGACGCCAAAGAAGAUGACGAAGAUGAUGACAGGGAUGUCAGGACUGUGAUGUCCGAGACUUCGGAAGCCGCGGUUGUGUCGGCUGGCCGCAGUGGAGGAUCGAGGUCGAUCACCCGCGACCGCUCCGAAACGUUCUACGACAUGCCGGGCCCCGACCCGUCGGCGACGCGGAUGACACCGGUUGGCACUCGUCCUGCCCUCAACGGCGAUACGCCGGCGGCCAACAAGGUUCUAGGCCGAUGCCUGGAGCUGAUGAAGGCCAAAAGUGAGUGGAUGCAGUUGUUCUCCCCGAAGCAGGUCCGCCAGUCCAUCUGGACGGACCUCGGAGGGGCUUUGGCAACGCCGAUCAACUCAACGAGCACUCGGCAGGUCGCUCAGAACACUGUGGACCUCCUGCGUGCAAUGGGGUGCGAGCCCCAGAUUCUCCUGACAGAGGCUGCACUCGCGAGCUGGACGCCAACCACCGCCGCCAUGGCUCUUACCAAAUGGAGGAAGAAGUUUCCGGUUGACCCCUCCAAGGUCCCGCUACCAGCGACCCCUCGGAAGGCAGCCACGGAUGACGGAGUCUUCGCAGUCAAGGGAGAUGCUUCGCAUUACAUGCAAGACUCGCACAUGAUAACCCCACGAUCUACGGUCGGUAGUGAACGUCUGGCUAGGGAGACCGAGGUUUCGUCCGCAACGCCUGGUACGCGCGGGGCAACCGGUCGCCGGUCAAGCCGCCGUUACGACCUCCCAGAUGACUCGUCAGACAGUGACGAUGAUCUCGGGUCCGACUGUUACGUGGUCGACCUGCCAAGCGAAUUGGCUCGUCAGGUGCGCGGACUGAGCGCGACUGACAAUCAGAGCUCAACCCCGAAGCUCGAGAUUACCACGCAUCUACCUCUGUGCAACAUCAAAUCGUUCUUCGGGACGCGCGACAAGAGCGAGCACUCCAUGCAGUGGCUCCGAACGUUCGUCUACGAGAUGAGGGGGACACCUGCGCCGCCCAACGAGUGGUGCAUGCCGUUCGAACUCAAGCUCAGAGAUGGGGCUUUGUAUUGGUUCCGCCAGCUUCCACGCAAGACGAGACGCACGUGGAAACUGCUGUGCGAGGCAUUCAUUAAGUACUACCGCUCGAAGUUCUCCCAGUCUGCAAAGGCUCGGUACUACUCAGCCAAACGAGAGAACAAAGAGCAUGUAUGUGACUACCUCAACCGGCUCAACGGCUACGCUCGCAACGCCGGGGUGCACUUUGAGCACGGGGAUCGUGACGCGAAGGACCACGUCGAACACUUCUUGGUUACGUGCGACGACCGAGAUUUAGAAGAGCGUCUGUGUCAUGUCAUGGUCAAGGGCAUUCAUGACCUCGAAGACAUGAUUAAUGACAUUCUGCGUCACCGCGACCGCAAGUCAACUCGCGAAUCGUCGUUACGUCACUCGCGAAUCGUCGUUACGUCGUUACGCCGCUCUCGGAGUGAAGAUGUCACCGCUGUGAAUUUGGUCGACACACUUGCCGAUGUGAUGGCGGAAUGGAACAUCAGAGGCUCGGUCGGUGUACGCAACGAGGCUUCGUACGCCCCCCGACGUGAUGCUGAGGCGAACGAGGAUUACUUCGAGGACGAGCGCCAGUACUCGGACGACCAACGCUCGGACGAGGAUUCAGACACCGAUUACGACUCGGACGAGUUUGCUCGACAUGUCCCUGCCGCUAACGACGCUGAGCGCAGGGCCGCAGCCGAUGGAACGUUCGCCCGGUCUGACAACCGACGCUUCAGGAACGGAGGAGGCUCGUCCAACCGCGAACGAGGUGUAUUGGCCGUGUGCCGCGUGCACGACGCUGGGAAGUGUGAAGCACUCCACGAGCUCACCAAGCUCCUGAAGUCCAAGGUCGACAAGAAGGAUCUGUCGCCAGAGCUGCAAAGCCUGUUAGCUGAGCCUGCUGUUGAUGCGGACUAUCUGUUCGCGUUCAUGGGGGAAAGCAAACGGCCUGACGACCUGAAGAACAAUGAACUUGUGAAACCGACGGAAAAUGGAGAGAUCCGAGACGCAAUUCUCGUUGAGAUUGGUAUUGAUGAAGAUGAUGAUGAUGAACUCCGGGACCACGGACGAAGUCUCAAAGUCCGCGGCAUCAACCCAGGGGUGAUGAAGACCCAGCGACGGGCGCUCGUCAAGAUUCCCCUCGGUGCCGGAGUGGAUGUGGUCCUUGGGAUGACCUUUAUAAUCCCGGCUGGAAUCCGGCUGGAUCUGUUCUAUGGCACCGCACGCCUUCCAGACGAGGUCAUGGAUUUAAUCGUCCCCGGUCGCGAGUUGCGAGAGUUUCGACUGCCGCGCCAGCGGCUAUCUCGUUCGGAGUACGAUGUGUGGGUACGGCGCACGGACAAGCUAGUGCCGACCGUAAUGAGGCUUCGCCGGGGGCAGCCGACGUGGGUACGACUCACCAAUAUAACCGCCAAGGCGGCACGGUGCACCAAGCACGACUCAGUGGUGCUCUGGGUACCGCAUGGCGAACUACCGCGUGAGACCGGUUACGCAAGGUUGGACUCCAACAAGUACAAGGAGUGGCAAGUACUAGCCUUCUCAACGAGUCGUGAUGAGACUCUGCUAGGACGAGAGCGUCGUAUCUACGAGCAGUGGUUGGCGGAACAGCCACCUGCGGCCGAGCGCAGAACUUACCCAAUGCCGCGGAAGAUCCUGACAAGGCCGCCGGAUGCACCGAACUGGCCUAGAGGCCGCCAACUAGCACCGAUGGGUGGUGGGUACUCGUCACCCCACGUACAUGGUUAUGGCGACGCCUCCAGGGUCUGUGAAGGCUCGGUCGGCGUUGCUCAAGCCGGCGCAGGUGGGGGAGCACGUUCCAGUGUGCCGAACGAAAGCUCGGAUGACGAACCCGUCGCCCUGGAUGUCGCGGAAGCGCAUGGAGAGCCGCCGCUAUACCAACCGACUUGCACGUCCGCGAGGCUGAAUGAUGGUGAGGAUGAUACCGACCAGAGGGCGGUGAACGUCUCGGCCGAGGCGUUGGAAGCCAUUCAGAGGCGGAACCAGCGGCAUCAGAUGUCCUACCGACAGGAGCCGCUGCACCAAGCCUUGGUCCAUCUGAAGCACCGGCUGCGAACCCACGCCGCUGAAGCUGACACUGAUUUCCAGGACUUUGGCGACGAUUCGAUUGACGACCCUGAGCCACUACUGGAGACGACCUAUAUCUCGGUCAUGCAUGCUAUGGUUGCAGAGGAGUCUAUUGAAGAUGAUGCCAUCGCGAGCGACGUUUCUGAGCACACCUUGAACGAGAUUAGUCUCAUCGAGUAUGCGCAGGCGCUUCUACCAACACCUCGACUGAUGCCUACAACUCGGAUAUGGCCCUACAUGGAACGAGGUAACACAAGACAAGAGUGCUGA